CACGUCUAUACUGUACGACUUGAACACACUGCCAGUCGUUACUGCGAGACCCAGGAAGCAGCAGCAGCAGCAGCAGGAGGCUUCGCCGGUGUUCAAACUUGAAUUUCCGACUACAGUUCAGCGUCAUUCGCGUCAUUCUCCUGCGUAAAAGAAGCAGCGUUAAUCUGUUUCCGUGAGAGUUUUUGACGCGAGAGUUAUGGAGCUGCUCUUACAGAUGUUGGACAAAACGUAACUGAAGAGGAACUCGAGAGCGACUCCGCGCCGCGCCGGGUUUUGUCAUCUCGCUCCUCGUGUCGACGGGGCUUUUCCCCCUAAACGUUUUCACCGGAUAAAGGGUCAGUCGAAGGACGAUUUCUAUGGGCGAAACAUCUUUAAUACAAAUCUGUUACCGAUUCGGCUGACGUUCAGAGUUUGAGUCACUGAAACAGCAAUGGAAACUCCGCUGACAGUGUUUCUAGGCUCAGGGUAAGAGCGACUCAAUGAUGAUCACAAACAAUACAUGUGAAAAUGUCACGCACAUCCAAGUGCAAAAGACCCCCGGGAACCUGGUGGUCAGCGCCCUCAUGUUUCUUGCUGGUGUUGUGGGCAAUCUGAUUGCUCUGGCGAUUCUCGGGUUUCACCAAAAAGAACGACGAACCAAAUCUUCUAUCUUCUGCAUCCUAGUAACAGGACUUGCCGUGACGGAUCUGGUGGGGACAUGCUUGCUCAGCCCACCAGUGUUUGUGUGUUACGCUCAUUCUACAUCGCUGGUGGGCUUAAUCGGAGACAUGCAUCUGUGUAAGGCCUUUGCCUUCGCUAUGACCUUUUUUGGCCUGGCUUCCAUGCUGAUCCUGUGUGCCAUGGCAGUGGAGCGCUGCCUGGCCAUCAGUCACCCAUAUUUCUACUCCAAGCACAUACGGCGCCACUUCGCCAAGGUUGCACUUUUCCUUAUCUACCUUUUUGCAGGUGCCUUCUGCCUGCUGCCCAUCCUUGGCAUUGGCCGUUAUAAGCAGUACUGCCCUGGCACAUGGUGCUUUAUUAAAAUGGAGGCUAUGGGUGAGGGUGAGGAAGAAGAGAGACGGACACUCGCUUUCUCCCUCUCUUAUUCUCUGCUGAUGGCCUUUCUCAUUGCUAUUGUCUUUAUCUGUAAUGGCUCGGUCAUCGUCAGUCUGUGUCGCAUGCACCGCAGCCAGCUCACACGCCGAGGUUCUGUGGUCUCGACAGGGCGCAAGAAAAGGCUUAGCACCUGGUUUGGUCAGGGUGAGGAAGAGAUGGACCACCUGGUGCUUCUGGCCUCCAUGACUAUCAUCUUCGUCAUUUGCUCCUUGCCUCUCACUAUCUUUGGCUUCGUUAAUGCCAUCAGCCCGGUAGGCAACGACCAGCAGAACCUCCUAGCAUUCCGUUUCUCUGCCUUCAACCCUGUGGUAGAUCCCUGGGUCUUCAUCAUCUUCCGCAAGUCCACCUUCCAGCAUAUGCGCGAGCUCUCACAUUGCCGCUUCAGCAAAGCAGCAAUGAAGAACAAAGCCCAAGAUGGCCUUUCAUAUCCCUUAGGGAGCAUGAUGCCUGCAGAGUCCACUGCUCUCCAAAGCAAAAUUUUCGGGAGCAUUCCUCAGUGAAAGCAGUCAGCAAACCAGCGACCAAGGGACAUGGUGAUAGCUAGAGACAUAUUCAAUAACUGCUUUAUCUUGGUCAGGAUUGUGGUUGGCUAUACCUUAUUUCAGAAACAUAUACAUGCAUGCAUUCGCACCUACAGACAAUUUUGUGUCCCUAAUCCACAGAGAACCUGCUGGAAACCCGUUAUGAACUUGCUGAGAAGAUGCAAAAGUAGGGUUCGGUAAUGAACUAGGGAAGCUGGUCACAUUAAAGUGGCAAUGCUACCCACCGUGUCGCCCUAUCAAGAGAGGCUUCAAAAAAGGGGAAAUCUGUAAAAGACCACACAUAUUUAUAAACUCCUACUGUAUAUGUGAAAAGAAGAAUCGGUUCUGUACAGAAUGCUUGACUCUAUGUACAACAGCAUAUGAGUGUGUUCUUGUUUGCGUGUGUGUGUGUGUUUGUGUAUGUGUGUGUGUGUGUGAAAGGCCUUAACUCCUCAUUAUGUGAAGCGCAAUCCUUGUUUAAACAGAAAUCUAUGGCUGUCUGCAACAACCAACUAUUCUGUUUAAAAUACAUUAGUGUAUCAUUAAUAAAUAUAGAUUUAUCAUAAAAAAAAUGAGUGGCACCCAGCAGUCAUUUUAUUAGGGACAGCUGUAUUCCUGCAUAUCCCAUCCAAUUAUACAAUCAGUCAAUGUUGUGUGAUGGCAGCACAGUGAAUAAAAUCAUGUACAUACAGUAGAUACAGAUCAAGAACUUUAAGUCAAUUCUUCGGUUUUGGACCCUUAUUUCAUACUAAGCAGAAGCAUUUUUACUACAUCCAUAUUAACGCUAGGUUGGUUUACAGAUUAUUAGAUUAAGGCUUUUUUUCUCAAACUCAUAGAAUUUAUUAAUUUUGUUAAAAUAUCUUUAAAUAAGAUCUAUAUAUUUAAAUUUGAUUUGUCCACCUUCAAAGUGAAGGUAUGUGCCAUUAUGUUCAUGUUGUCUCAGUUCAUUUCAAGGCUCCCAUCACACCACAUCUACUGUGUUAACCACCUGGACCAAGCAGCACAUUAUCAGGUGACAUUCACUAGGAUCCGAAUUAAACUCGGAAAUAAGCUAAAAACUGAACUAGGUGUUAAAAAUAUUGCUUUUUUUUUUUUUGGUCAUUCAGUGUAUUUCGGUUCGGCAUUGUUUGUGCAACAACAAAUUACACUGCAUAAGACUAUAAGAAUUCAGUGUUUAAUAUUGAAACCAUCGGGCAUUUUAUAUAUUGAGCGUCAUUGAUUUGACUCUUUAGUUCAGACACAUGACCGUCUAAUCUUUAAAAAAAAACUUUUUAAACAUUAUUGUGUAGAAUUUAAUUAAAUGUGAUGAAAAAUUUAUAAUAAUUCCGAAGUCACAAUUAUCCAGCCUUAUUUAUUUAACCUAAAUGUUAAAAGUUUCUCAUUGGUCGUGUUGUUCCUGUUUACUCACUUUUCUCAGACAGACAAAAAUUUGCACUUUCCAUUAGCCGGUCAUUUGGUCCCUGUGGAUCAUUGUUUGUAAUGUGGCAAAGAAAAGAUUUGAAUCCAACAUGUGGUAUCAAUCAUUCAUGUUGUUAAAAACCUUAAAAUCAUUUUUAUGGUGUCUGAAACACCUCGGUUUUGUCUGGCCUUCCCACAUUCCGUCUAAACCAAAGUGCUGUACAGCUACUUUCAGAACCAUUCUGGACCCGAUGCAAAUGCUUAAUGGCAAUCAUAAAUACAAAGCCUGUAGGCAGGAGAUCAUUUCACCUUCCAUAUUUGGCUGCUGGAACAUUUUUGCUAUCACAAUGUCCUGAUGUUUUUAUAUACACAGCGUUUGAGGACAUGGUAGGCAUAAAUAGUGGCAGUGGAAAGUGCACAGUCUGUCUCCCCAAACUUUCAAAACAGACAGAGGCUGGCAGUGGAGGUUCCGUAGAAAACAGAUUUGUCAUUUAACUUUUAUUUGAUUUAACAAGACUUGCUAUCACACAUCAUACAGUAUGUAUAGCAUCCCAGCAAUUAUCUAUGAAAUAUACGAGACAUAUUCUAAUUUGAUAAGUAGCCAUUUCUGUGUUUGUUAAGGAACUCCUCAUUGAUGUGUAUACAGUAUAUAUCAGUAAAGGCUUUGUAUGUACAUUACAUGCUACAUCUGGUUUGUGUGAGUUUUGUGUGUAGCAUAUAAAGCUGUUCCCAUUCUGACUCUUUUUUCAUUCAGUAUUGCAAAAGAGAGGUUUUACUUGCCCAAUCAUGGAGAGUUGUAAUGAUAAU